AUGCGUCGUUCAACAAUUGAUUCAUUAGUACAAGAAAAUCCAACUAAUUAUACAUAUUCAAAUUCUCAAAUACAAACAAAUGUUUUAAGAUGUGCACAUUGUUUUGCACCUAAAUCAAAUGAUUUAUAUACACGAUUUUGUACGGAAUGUGGUCUACCUUGGCAAAAACUAACUCAUAAUCCACCGGAUAAUUAUUUAACAAGAAUUCUAUGUCCUCAUUGUAAAUCAACAAAUUCAAUACAUUUACGAACAUGUUAUAUUUGUGAAAAUGUAUUAAUACCAACAUCAACACCACCAGAAAAACGAACUUCAAUUUCAAUUCCAACAAUAUCAAAACAAACAAAUACAAUGAUGAUAACAUGUUCAAAAUGUUUUCGUUUAAAUAAUCCUAAUGCUCGUUUUUGUGAUUGGUGUGGUGCAUAUCCUGAACAUACAUCUACAUCAAUACAAUGUACAAAAUGUCAUACUAAUAACGCUUCAUUUGGAAAAUUUUGUUCAACAUGUGGAUGUGUUAUUGAACCACCAUUACAUAUUAUUGAUACACGUCUUUAA